AUGUCGACCUUUGCUGCUUGGCACAGGCAAGUCUUCUUCGCCACCCCGACUUCAUUAUACGCAGUCGUCCAGUUCCUCGUCCUCCUCCAGCAAGAACCUCGUCCCAACGUCCAACACAGCAACCAGAACAUCAACAACGCUGUUGUUACCCAGCCUGGAACUGCGUGCAACAGAUCCGCUAUCUGUUGCCCGUCCUCCAAGACACGCCAAGUCCCGCUCCCGUGCUCGUCAACCUGCCCUGCCUGCCUUCGACACCAUGACCACCACCUCACCGGACAAGUCGGGGCUUGGCCGUCCGAACUUUCUAAGAUCCCUGACCAAAAUGCUGUGACCACCCACCCUGGACGAGAUCUGAGGUACCUGGCCCAGCUUGCGAGUGUUUCCAGGGCCUUCUACGUCGCUGUGACACCUAUCCUGUGGUCGCACUUGGACUGGACUACUACGCAUGGGGAGAGAGUCGACAGACGGCUUGUGUCCUGGUUAGAGUGGUAUCUCACGACGCAUGCUGAUAUCAAAAAUGGUGGCGUCAACUCGUCCGUGACUGAGUUCCGGACGGCCGCAGGAGGAGGGAGAGGAAGCUCUAUGCAGUGGAUGGGGGCAGGAGGGCAUGUGAAUGUACUCCAGAUGUCGCGAUCAGUCUGGUCACUCCUUGACCGCAGUGCCUUUGAGGCGUUGGGCAAAGCUUUCCCCAAUAUCACUGUCCUGGAACUUCUUGAGGAUUCUGUCGACCCGGACGAAAUUGUUCAAAACGACCGCAUGGAGGUGAUCUUUGGUGCCAUGAACUCGCAAGCUCAGAACCAGUCUUGGGACGGAGAUUCGUUGGCUGAUCUGUUCAUGGCAGGACUGAAACCCUCAAGUCGGAUCCGGCUGGGCAGUGACCAUACAAAUGACUUUUACCGUCCCCGACUGGAGGAUCUUGCACUGUGUUUUCCUUUGCUUAAGAGUCUAGUUCUCCCCGAAGGUGGGUUGACCAUGGGCGCGUGUAGCUCGUCAAAGGAGUCUCUGGGAGACAAACGGAAGAAGGGGGAGGUUGGUCAAUUUCAGAAGCGAGUCAGAACAAACGAGUAUCAAACAGCAACUGCUACUCCUCGUCAUCUUUCUGCUCCCCGAGUGUGGUCUUCUGCCCCUGCUGCUACUGGUCGAGGAUGUGGACUUCGCCAACGGUCCUCGCUGUCCAUGACUGCCUUUGCUGAGAAGAUGAACUUGAUGUUUCCAAACCAUUCCGAUGGCGACAGCCAGGUCCGGUUCGGACAGCUUCAGCAUGUCAGCUGCUCCUUUGAUCCGCAGAGUCUGGACAACCUGGACCGCAUACUGAGCGACCUCUGUGUCUCGAGUCUCACCAAGGUUGAGGUACGCGUCCGGCCCAUGACUUUGCUCUGGCUUGUCACGACGGUGGACGCGUCUCAGAACACCAACCACGGCGAGGGUGAUGGAGCGGAGGGGGGUUCAUACCUCAUGUCCUGCAUCCGCAAGGUACACCGCACCCUCGGGGCAGACUGUCCCAAGAAGUUGGAGUCGAUCUCCAUUCCCAAUCUGGACGCGUUGUACAGUUUCGGGGUUGACAUGGACUCGGAUGAAGGAAACCUGGCCGCGGGUACCUGUCGAGCCGAGGACAAGGAAAGAUCCUACGGGGACUUUGUAACAGAGGAGAUACGUCAUCGCCACUAUGAAGAUAUCAAGGACUCUCUUUACAUCCAACCUGAUCCUCUGGAUAUUCACCCCCAGUUCUUUUUCGUUUAG